AUGAUUAUAAUAAAGCCUACCCAGAAUUACAUAAACAUCAAGAGCAGCAGUCCGGUGUCACCCCGAACAGUAGGCGGCGGUUACGGCGGCCAGGGUGCACCAAGCACACCAUCGUCUGGAGGGGCAGUGGGUCCACCCGGGAGCGGAAGUGUUUCUGGCGUAACAGGGGUAGUCACCGGUUCUGCCGGCAGUAAUUACGUCACCGUGCCAGUGCCCAGUACUCUUCGCUAUGUACACUCUUAUCCGCCUCCACCACCGCCACCGGCACCGUCCGCUCCUGCAUCUGAGAGGGUGGCAAUAAGCGUGGGCAGCAGUCCGGUGUCCCAGGUUGGGGGUGUCGGAGGGAAUGAAUACGCCCUCAAUAGUCGGGGCGACCGUCCACGAAUAUCUCUGCUUCCACCUGCCUCGGGAGCCCCGACGACUCAGCUGACUAUCGGCCCUGAGUAUAUGAUCAGCUCUAGGAAUAACAACCCGAGAAAUUUGAUGCCCAUGCAGCAGACACCUGACCAGUACACCAGCAAGGCCGUCGAAAUGGCGACACUGCAGGAUGCUCCACCUUUUAAAAAAAUUAGACUAGGCCAGCCUCAGUCCCAGCUUAUGGCUCAGACUAUUCCUGCUGGAGCGUACACCCCUCAGACGGAAGCGAUAUCACCGACGUUACCGGAGCCGAGUAAUCAAGAGGAUGCCCAGUUUCGAAGCACCAAGGACGAUUUGCUGCAGCAGAUAGCUAAAGUCGAUCGUGAGAUUUCGAAAAGGGAAAUUCAAAUCGGGAAGCUGAGGAGAAAGCUGGUUGAGCUUGAAGAAGCUGCUAGCAAACCUUUGGAUAGCAGUGGCCUUAAACGGCCGGUUGAGGAACAGUCUCAACCAAAACAUCAGUCAUUAGCGCAAAAAAUUUAUGCUGAAAAUAGAAAAAAGGCGGAAGAAGCGCAUCGACUGUUAGAUAAAUUAGGACCUGAAGUAAGACUGCCGCUGUAUAAUCAGCCCUCGGAUACGAAGAUCUACCAAGACAACAAAACCAAGCACCAGUCGUGUAUGAAAGCUCGACUGGUAGCGAGGCUACGAAAAGAGCACAGCGAACGAGCGGCUCUCCAGCUCCAGCAAUCCCAAACUUACGCGGUUCUCGUGCAAGAAUGGCACCGUAAGAUCGACAGGCUGGAGGCCGCGCAGAAGAGGAAGUCCAAGGAGACCAAGAACCGCGAGUUCUUCGAAAAGGUAUUCCCGGAGCUUCGAAAACAGAGGGAAGAUAAAGAACGGUUCAACAGGGUUGGUGCGAGAAUUAAGAGUGAAGCUGAUCUCGAAGAAAUAAUGGACGGUCUUCAGGAGCAAGAGAUGGAGGAUAAGAAGAUGCGCUCGUAUGCUGUUAUUCCGCCUUUACUUCUGGACAAAAAGCAACGAAGAAUAGCUUUUCAAAAUCGUAAUGGGCUGCUACAGCCGGAAGAACUUGAGGCACUUCACAGCGAACGGAAGCUAAUAAACGUCUGGAGUCCCGAGGAGCAUGAACUCUUUAAAGAAAAAUAUCUUCAACAUCCCAAGAACUUUGGAGCGAUAGCUCAAUCUCUUGAACAUAAAUCUGUUGCAGACUGUGUGCAUCAUUACUACCUCACUAAAAAAGCUGAAAACUAUAAACAGUUGUUAAGGAAAUCGCGACAGCGGACACGUAGUUCGAGAAAUAAUCCUAACAAUAAGGUUAACAAUAGUAAUUCUAGCAUUGGAGCGAUAGAUAUAUUAACGACAGGUGUAACGACAAGACUGCAGCGUGAGCAGCAACAGAAAACCCAAGAAAAUCCUCAGAACGCAGCGUCGACGUCGACAACAACUUCGACGACAUCAACAACGACAACGACUACCUCUUCUAGUUCCUCGUCGACAAGUACUGCGACAAGUACAACGUCAGCUUCGACGACUGUAAGUUCGUCUCUCCCGACGACAACGAGCUCCACCAGCAGUAGCAGCACCACCAGCAAUACUGGCACCACCUCCUCGACAAGUGAUCCCUCAGUCGUCACCACUAGUGUUACGUCCGUCCAGAGUUCCACGACCUCGACAACAAGUGUACUGACGACGAGCUCGUCGACGUCUAGCGGGUCUAGCGCUAAAGAUGCGAGAGAAGCGAAUAAAGAAAAUAAAAAUGACACCAAGGAUUCUGUCUCGAAGGAUGUUAAAAAGGAUGUUAAAGAGGAUCCUGCUGACGUUACUCCAACCAAGGAUUCUAAAUUAACAUCUGAGAACACAAGUGGAUUUACAUCAUCAACCGGAACUGGUAGUGAAGCGGUAAUGCAAACACCGGAGCCUAAGGACAAAAAGAAGUCUGCGAGUACAACAGCAAGUAACGCGAGUGCAAGUGCAAACAGAUCUAAAGAAAAAAAGAAAGAGAACAACCAUGCGACACCGAUGGAGACUAGUGACGAGGAGGCUCAAAACAUCGAGUCUAUC